UAUUCCACACCCUCUCACCCAAACCAACUUUCUCUCUCUCUCAUCAAAAAAUUUCACACAAUGGAAAUCCAAAUUCAAAUCCUUCCAAUUUCAAUAGUCCUAACUCUCACCAUACUCACACUCCACCUCCUAAAAAAAGCCCUCCAAACCAACAAAAAACUAAACCCCCCACCCGGCCCGAAACCAUGGCCCAUCAUAGGCAAUCUCAACUUAAUCGGGCCCCUCCCUCACCACUCCCUCCACGACCUCUCCCAAAAAUACGGCCCGAUCAUGCUCCUCAAAUUCGGCUCGGCCCCCGUCGUCGUCGGCUCCUCGGUCGCGGCUGCGAAGAUCUUCCUCAAGACAAUGGACCUCACCUUCGCCUCCCGGCCCAAAACCUCGGCCGGGAAAUACACCACCUACAACUACUCCGACAUCACGUGGUCCCCCUACGGCCCGUACUGGCGCCAGGCCCGAAAAAUGUGCCUCAUGGAGCUCUUCUCCGCGCGAAGGCUCGAGUCGUACGAGUACAUUCGGGCCGAGGAGAUGAGCUCGCUUCUCGGAGAAAUUUUCGGGCUUUCGGGCCGGGCUUUUUUGCUCAAGGAUUUUUUGUCGACGGUGAGCUUGAACGUGAUAAGCCGGAUGGUUUUGGGGCGGCGGUACUUGGACGGCGGCGAGAACGCCGUGGUUUCGCCGGAGGAGUUUAAGAAGAUGUUGGAUGAGUUGUUCUUGUUGAAUGGGGUGUUGAAUAUUGGGGAUUUGAUUCCGUAUAUCAAUUUCUUGGAUUUGCAAGGGUAUGUGAGGAGGAUGAAGGUGGUGAGCAAGAAGUUUGAUCGGUUCUUGGAGCACGUGCUCGACGAGCACGAGGCGAGGAGGCGGGAGACGGCUGGGUAUACGAGCCGGGACAUGGUGGACGUGCUCCUCGAGCUCGCGGAGGAUCCCACACUGGAGGUGAAGCUCGAGAGGCACGGGGUCAAAGCGUUUACUCAGGAUUUGUUAGCUGGUGGGACCGAGAGCUCGGCAGUGACCGUGGAGUGGGCGAUCUCAGAAUUGUUGAAAAAGCCCGAGAUUUUUAAGAAGGCGACUGAGGAGCUCGAUCGUGUUAUAGGGAAAAAUAGGUGGGUGAAGGAGAAUGAUAUACCUAGUCUCCCUUAUGUGGAGGCGAUUGUGAAGGAAACCAUGAGGUUGCACCCUGUGGCACCAAUGUUGGUGCCUCGUCUUGCAAGAGAAGAUUGUAAGGUGGGUGAAUAUGACAUCAAGAAGGGGACACAAGUGCUUGUGAAUACAUGGACAAUUCAAAGAGAUCCCUCCAUAUGGGAAAACCCAAAUGAAUUCAAUCCAGAUAGAUUCAUAGGAAAGAAUAUUGAUGUGAAGGGACAAGAUUUCGAGCUCUUACCAUUCGGGUCGGGCCGAAGAAUGUGCCCAGGCUACGCGUUGGGUCUGAAGGUGAUCCAGUCAAGCUUAGCGAAUUUACUGCACGGGUUCAAUUGGAGUUUGCCGGAUAAAAUGACGCCCAAAGAUCUGAACAUGGAAGAGAUUUUCGGGCUUUCGUGUCCUAGAAAAUUUCCUCUUCUUGCUGUGGCUGAGCCUAGACUUCCACUUAACCUCUACAAGUCUAUGUGAUUUUAUGCCUAAAUUUUACUAGCUUUUAUGGCAAUGUAAUUGUGUUUUUAAUUAUGUGUUUUUUUAAUAAAAUGUUGCAGUUAAUUUUGAUGA